AUGUCGUCCUACCAGGACACCAUCACAGCAAACCUCACCACGCUGAGUACGACGAAUACCGAAACGCAGGAUGGCAUCAUCCGAGGUCUACUAUACGUCCCCGAUCUCAGCGUCACAAACCCGUGUUUCGAGCAGCAGUACGACAUAAUCCCCCGAAAUGCCACUACACAGGCAGAACUUCCUCCUACCAACUAUAACCUAAUUGCCAUUGCGCCAUGGUUUAAUGCGACCUGCACCAAGGCCUAUCUUGCAUCCGCACGCCUCGAUCCCAUCCGCGCCUUUAUCUUUUACCGGCCCAACAAUUCGACGAAUGAACCACAGGGCGCUGAUUCCCCGAUAUGGGAUCUUGAAGAUGGCGAUGCAUGGCGAACCCAGAACCGUUUCCCGAUUUUCGCCGUGCCAGGCGCCGAGGGCACCAAAUUUAUGAAGCAGCUUAGCCUGUAUUCUGGGAAUAUCUCCGAAAUCCCCUAUGGAGAGGAAAUCCAGGAGAUCUACGACCCCCACGAUAAUGAUUACGUCCGCAUAUGGACAGAGCUGACGAUCAAGGAUCGCGACAGUGUCCCUGCCAUGUGGACAUGGAUUCUCACGGUGGUCGGCGUUGUGAUAUUCAUCAUCGCCUGUCUAUCACUCACGAUGCACCUAGUACAAAGAAGACGACGAAUUUCACUACGAAGGAGGGUACUGAGCGGCGAGGUUGACUUGGAAGCGAUGGGAAUCAAACGAGUGACCGUACCCGUGGAUCACGUCAAGGGCUUCCCACUUUUCACCUACAGUUUCCAGCCUGAAAUAAUCAGCACACCUUCUACCACAAGGCCACCCAAAUCCGUAAGGUCACCGCGAAGCAUGCGGACCGAUCAGCGAACAGUAUCCGAAUCUGCCGUCCCGAGAUCGAGGGCCCGAAGAGCUAGCGUCAACAGCUCAAAAAGCACCGUCGCCACGAACUAUCAGCCCCAGUGCCACAUUUGCUUGGAGAAUUAUGUCGACCGGGACUCCGUCAUCCGCGAACUGCCUUGCGGUCACAUCUUUCACCCCGAGUGUAUCGACGAGUUUCUAAGUCUCAACAGCUCACUGUGCCCAAUCUGUAAGAGGAACAUGCUCCCACCGAACUACUGUCCCAAGAUUACCAAUGGUAUGGUACGCCGUGAGAGGGCCAUUCGACGAUUGAGGGAACGGGUUGUAUUUGACGAGUCAGACGACGAGGAGGGGGAGGUGAAAAGCAAGCGUUGGGGCAAGCGGCUAUUCGGCACGGACAAAGCGGCAUCAUCCCCGACAGAAACGCCUAUGACGCCCGUUCUGACUUCCAAGUCCCCGAAAACAGUCCAGGAGCUGCACCCCUGUCCACUACACAACGUGCCCUCGAACCGACCCAAGAGGAGCAAGAAGAUUCAGACCAACCCUCAAGCCCAUCCGAAGCUCAAGACCCGCCACAUUCGCAACCUCAGCCGCCCAGACAAGCUGCUGCAGCUCCGGCGACUCAUCAGAACAGACGCUGGAAAGCAGGUGGAUUGCGGCUCCAUAUGCCUGGAUCAGACUCACAUCAGAACCAUCCACGGCCUGAAGGACGUAAGAGCCCAUCUCAGUUGGCAAGAGCGCGAAUGA